AAAAGAAACGGCAUGAGGCAUGAGAUAUCAUUUCUGGCAUCCCGUUCACCAUGCGGCCCGUGCUCCUUCUACUCGGCCUCGUUGCGGCUGUGUCCGCAUCGGAUCCAGUCAAGAUUCACCUUUACUAUGAGACGCUCUGCCCGUACAGCAUUGACUUCGUGGUGAACCAGUUGUACAAGACGUGGACCUUGGUCAAAGAUAUCAUGGAAGUAGAGAUGUUUCCUUUCGGCAACGCUGAGUAUUAUCCUGACGGCGAUGGCUGGAGUUUCAAGUGCCAGCACGGUUCCGACGAGUGCCGCGGCAACAUGAUCCAUGCGUGUGCCAAGGACCACUUCAAGGAUAUCAACAUCGAAAUGGAAUUUGUCAAUUGCCUGCUCUCAGCAGACUACCCUCCCAACGCUGGGGCCAAGUGUGCAGCACAAGUGGGCCAGGACUGGACACCUCUGGAAGAGUGUGUUAACUCUGUAACGGGCCAGAACCUGCUGCACGAGGUGGCUCUGCAGCAGGAGAAUCUUCACCCCAAGCUGUACUUUGUGCCUUGGAUCAUUGUAGAUGAUGAGUUCAGCGAGGAGCAGGUGGGCGCCUGCCAGACGAACUUGCUGAAAGUGGUGUGUGAUAAAUACACCGGCGCUUCGAGGCCCGCUGCUUGCGACACCUCGGAGCUCACCUCCAGCAAGAUUGGAGUAUCGAAGCUGUAGACCUUGCGGUAGCCGUCGCCUUCACACCACUCGUCACCAGAGGAAGGGCAGCUGUCGCCAGCCACGCAGCCACCACAAGGUCUUUUGAGUGCCGCAGAGGCGUCCCCGCCACACACCAAACACAGCAUCAUUUGUCAUUCGUCAUGCACAGCAGUGCGGGAGUGAAGAGAAAUGUUUAACUUCUUGAAAAAUAAAUUUGCUGAUUUAU